CCUCUUUCUCGCUCUACGCUCGCGCUUCUCUCCUCUCUCUCCACCUCUCUCUGCGCAUUUCCAUGGCCACCGCUCUCUGAUCUUUCUCUCUCCCUCCUUCGUGUGUAUGUGCCCGACAGUCUGACUAGCGGGUUUCGCGUCUAGAGACAUGGGCGUGCAGUGGUUCGAAAGAGGCGAUCUGUGGAAGAGCAAAGCUCGGUCUCUGCAGCUCCGGCUAAGGGACCGUUUCAGGGUCGUUGCCGUCGAUAAGCACCGUCGCGGGCGGGCGUUGCUCACCGACGGUUACUUCUCCUCGACUGUGCAGCGUUGGCUCCAGACGUUCCGAGAUUUCCGGAGGGAUUCUUUGCCGUCGUCGUCGUCCUUCUACCGCAAGAGAGUCAGCGAGGAAUUUAAUGCUGAAGGAGAUUCUAUUGCCCUUCGAAUGGUUCGAGCUGUUGCUGUGCCUGUUUUAGGGAAUAUGUGCCAUGUGUUUAUGCAUGGCCUAAAUCGUGUUCAGGUAUAUGGUGUAGAGAAGCUACAUGAUGCACUGCUUCACAGACCCAAAAAUAAGCCCCUUCUCACGGUAAGCAAUCAUGUUGCUUCUGUGGAUGAUCCAUUUGUUAUCGCUUCACUUCUCCCUCCAAGUGUUCUAUUGGAUGCUCAUAACCUGAGAUGGACACUUUGUGCAACUGAUCGAUGUUUUAGCAAUCCCGUGACUUCUGCAUUCUUUCAAUCCGUAAAAGUUCUGCCAGUUUCACGUGGUGAGGGGAUUUAUCAAAAGGGUAUGGACAUGGCUAUAUCAAAAUUGAACAGUGGUGGGUGGGUUCACAUCUUUCCUGAAGGCAGUCGUUCUCGUGAUGGUGGGAGAACCAUAGGAUCAGUGAAGAGAGGUGUUGGGAGGUUAAUACUCGAUGCAGACAGCAUUCCUAUGGUUGUACCUUUUGUGCAUACAGGAAUGCAAGAUAUCAUGCCUAUUGGAGCCAACUUUCCAAGGAUUGGCAAGACGGUGAUUGUGCUUAUUGGUGAUCCUAUCCACUUUGAUGACCUGCUCAAUAUGGAGGGACUCAAACAUGUUUCAAGAGGCAAACUUUACGAUGCCAUGGCGUCCCGGAUCGGUCACCGACUACAGGAGUUGAAAAUUCUUGUUGACAAGCUAGCACUAGAACAAUCGUUGCAGUUAUGCACGCACUCUAUGCAGGACUCACCAAGAGUCGCUGGUGUGGUGCAGCAGGUCGAUUGGGAGUCAUUGGGUAUCGAGGCUGAUGCAUAUUCCAAACUGCAUCCGUCGACACAAACUCCGCACAUACGACCAGAAGAACAUCUUUCCGGCCCAAAAGAUACAGCGGGCACAGACCGGUACUUCAGGAUGGGUUUCUCUUACGAAGGAGGGGCCUUCAUGUCGAGAAUGCGUGGGUACAUGGACCCGUUGGAGCUGAUGGGGUUCGCUGCUAAGGGCUUAUUCGUGAAUGGUUACAGACCGAAGGAGAAGCCGGAGGACGCCAGAGUCCUUGGUGCUCUCAAGGCUUGGAAGCAGUACAUGGAAGCUAAUGUAUCGCGAAACUGGAAUACCUGUUGAGCAAGAACAUAGGUGGAGCACAGUGUAAAUAUCUGGUCCAGGCCACAGUUCUGGCGAAAGUUUUUGGCUAGAUUUGAAAUUUCUAUUAUUUUUAGGGGGUGACAAGCUAGUAAAGAAUAUAGUUGUGAAUCUGGGCAAAAAGUGUGAUUAUCAAAUGUUAAACUCGUAGUUCUUAAGCAAUGUGUGACUAGAAAAGAGGAUAAUUGAGUUUUUUUUUUUUAA